AGCGGGCCGGGCCCGCGGCCGCACCAUGUCUGCCUGCCACAGCUGCGCCGCUGCCGCUCGUCUUCUGGGCUCCACGCUGCCCUCUGCGCGGAGAGGUAUUACUUGUGGUCGUUCGCGCAUCCCUGUCUUACGGAAACUUGGGACUUUUGAAACUCGUUCCCUAAGACGGAUUCCUCUUAGAAACUUUUCGGAAACACCAGCAUAUUUUGCGUCAAAGGACGGUGCAAGCAAGGAUGGUUCUGGAGACGGAAGCAAGAAGUCUGUUGGUGAGGGAGGUGGUAAAAAAUCAAGCUCUGGAAGCUCUGGGAAAGGAGGGAACCAGCUGCGCUGCCCCAAGUGUGGUGACUUGUGCACACACGUGGAGACCUUUGUGUCUUCCACCCGUUUUGUGAAGUGUGAAAAGUGUCACCAUUUUUUUGUUGUACUGUCAGAGGCAGACACAAAAAAGAGCAUCAUUAAAGAGCCCGAGUCAGCAGCAGAAGCUGUGAAAUUGGCAUUCCAGCAGAAGCCACCUCCUCCACCGAAAAAGAUUUAUAACUACCUCGACAAAUACGUUGUUGGUCAGUGUUUUGCCAAGAAGGUGCUUUCAGUUGCUGUGUACAAUCAUUACAAGAGAAUCUACAAUAAUAUCCCAGCUAACCUGAGACAGCAAGCAGAAGUUGAAAAGCAGACUUCUUUAACACCGAGAGAAUUAGAAAUCAGAAGACGGGAGGAUGAGUACAGAUUUACAAAGCUACUGCAGAUUGCUGGAAUCAGUCCACACGGUAACGCGUUAGGAGCAUCAAUGCAGCAACAGAUGAACCAGCAGAUACCUCAGGAAAAACGGGGAGGAGAAGUUCUAGAUUCACCUAAUGACGACAUAAAACUUGAAAAAAGUAAUAUUUUGCUACUUGGACCAACUGGAUCAGGUAAAACCUUGCUGGCUCAGACUCUAGCUAAAUGCCUAGACGUACCUUUUGCUAUCUGUGAUUGUACUACCUUGACUCAAGCUGGCUACGUUGGUGAAGACAUCGAAUCUGUCAUUGCGAAACUCCUGCAGGAUGCCAACUACAACAUAGAAAAAGCUCAGCAAGGAAUUGUUUUUCUGGAUGAAGUAGAUAAGAUUGGCAGCGUUCCCGGUAUUCAUCAGUUACGGGAUGUCGGAGGAGAAGGUGUUCAACAAGGCUUGUUGAAAUUACUAGAAGGCACAAUAGUAAACGUUCCUGAAAAGAAUUCUCGUAAACUCCGGGGAGAAACAGUGCAGGUUGACACAACAAACAUCCUCUUUGUAGCUUCUGGUGCUUUUAAUGGUCUUGACAGAAUUAUCAGCAGGAGGAAAAAUGAAAAAUAUCUAGGAUUUGGGACACCAGCAAAUAUGGGAAAAGGCAGAAGGGCUGCAGCAGCAGCUGAUCUUGCCAAUAUCAGUGGAGAAUCCGACCCACAUGAGGAUAUUGAAGAAAAGGAUCGCUUGCUGCGUCACGUGGAAGCCAGAGAUCUCAUAGAGUUUGGCAUGAUUCCUGAGUUUGUGGGACGCUUGCCCGUUGUGGUUCCUCUGCACAGCCUGGAUGAGAAAACCCUUGUACGAAUUCUUACUGAGCCACGAAAUGCCGUGGUUCCUCAAUACCAAGCACUUUUCAGCAUGGAUAAGUGUGAAUUAAAUGUUACUGAAGAUGCAUUGAAGGCUAUAGCCAGACUGGCCUUGGACAGAAAAACUGGUGCACGAGGUCUUCGAUCUAUAAUGGAAAAGCUGUUGCUGGAGCCCAUGUUUGAAGUGCCCAAUUCUGACAUCGUAUGCGUGGAAGUUGACAAAGAUGUUGUAGAAGGCAAAAAAGAGCCAGGAUACAUUAGGGCUCCCACUAAAGAUUCAUCUGAAGAAGAAUAUGACUCUGGCGUUGAGGAAGAAGGCUGGCCUCGACAAGCUGAUGCUGCAAACCAUUAAAUACUGUCAGAAUGCUCACCCACCUAAAGCGCACUUGGUUAUUUCCUUAUGAUUGCCUCUGGCUGCAGUCUGAUACUAAAGGCAUUGGAUCUAUCUCGGAUAGGAUACGUGAUGAGGAACUUUAUUAGAUAAAUCAGGUCGUGUAUUUUAUUGCAACAUCACGUUGAUUUAUUUGAUGGACAUUGUGUGGACUUGGAUGGCAUAAUGUUCAAAUAUGAAUUGUAUAUUACACUUGUUCGAUUCAAAUGUAUAGCAAAUACAGCAGCACCUGGAUUGCUCUUCCUAGCAACUAAAACGGCAACACAGGUGCUGCCAAUAGUUAGAUUUUACAAUAAUGUUACUCUACAAAUGGAAAAUCAAGAUUAAUAAUUAGUAGAGGGUGAAUAAACUUAUCAGCUCCUCAUGGUUCACAGAGGGUUGCGUUCAGGUCAGUGUUAGAUUUCUGCUGGUGUUUGAAACCCGAUGGGUGCUGGAGUGACUUGUUACAUGGAGGGGAAG